CAUGUUUGAAGAGCGAUUUCUCUCUAGCGCCGCCAACGCCACCUGCCGGCCGCCGCCUCAAGCUCCACUCGAAGCCAUGAACGCGAGGCCGAACGCCAGCAGCGUUUUCCCAACUCGUCCUUUUAAACUUUAAAUCGCCUCGAAAUAGAAUCCAAUGAUGGAGCGGAAGAUAAAAUUAAAGGCGCUCAACAGCCACAUAACCUGCAAGAUCUGCAGGGGCUACCUGAUCGACGCCACCACCGUCACCGAGUGCCUCCACACCUUCUGCAAAAGCUGCCUCGUGAAGCACUUGGAGGAAAACAACACGUGUCCCAGUUGUCAAAUCGUGAUCCACCAGUCGCACCCCCUGCAGUACAUCAGCUUCGACCGCACCAUGCAGGACAUUGUCUACAAACUGGUGCCAAAGCUUCAAGAAAAUGAAAUGGAGAGAGAACGAGCCUUCUACGCUUCCAAAGGUCUGCCCUGUCCAAAGGACGUUCCUGUUGCGGGUGCGGAACAAGACGCGGCGGCCACGGCCAAGGCCGAGGUGGACCAGCACGCCGCGGCCGACUACCACAGACAGGACGAACAGGUCAACCUGCAGCUGGAAUGCAUGACCAGCAGCCUCAAGAGUCUGAACCGCCGCUUCAUUCGGUGCUCCUCCUCGGCCACGAUAAGCCACCUCAAGAAAUUCGUUGCCACCAAAUUACUUGUUCCUGAAAAAUACAGAGAGAUCGACAUCUUUUGCAAUGACGAGCUUCUCGGCAAGGACCACACGCUGAAGUUUGUCUUCCUCACCCGCUGGAGGUUCAAAGAGCAACCCAUCAAGCUGCAGUACAAGACCAGCACGAUUGAAUUUUGAAAGCUCUGGAAGUGCAUUAGAUUUAAAGAAAUGUAUUUUUGCACCUGCAAAGUUUUAAACCGCAAUUGUCGUCGAAUGAAUGUUAAUUCACUUUGAAAUGUACCAAACGGAUCUCCCAAAUGCAUUGUUGCAAAUGUUUUUAUAAUUAAUUGACAAUAUUCCAGUUUAAAAUUUUAAAUCUGACAUCAAGUCUCUUUGGAAAUAAUGUACAUGAAUUACCUAAAUCUCUAGGUUUUAUGUUCUAUCAAACGUGAAGCUGCUCGAUUAAAUUUGCCACAUUUAUUUAUAUUGGUACUUUUUGUCAAAUAAAAGUGGCCUAGGUUAAGAUCAAACACAAA